GAAUAAACGAGCUGAACGACAAACCCCGCUGUCUUUAUCCAGCCACGAUUUGGAAAGCGAUCGUAAGCCAACUGCACAAUCUCCCUCCCUUAUCCCCCCCUUUAACGAAUCCCGAGCCAAUAUCGUCCAAUUAAUCUACAAUAUGGCCCAGAAACCUAGCCUCAUAUUUGUGCCUGGCGCAUGGCAUAGUCCUGAAUGUUGGGGCAAGAUCAUGUCCGCCAUGGAGGCUAAGGAGUUCAAGUGUAUUCCCGUCACACUUCCGACAAACCAAUCAACAAGCACCGACAUUAAUUACUCGCAUGACGUUAAAGCUGUCGCCGAUGCCAUCGCUGCCGAAGUGUCGCAGGGACUUGAUGUCGUUGUCCUAGUACACUCCUAUGCUGGACCCGUGGGACAAAGUGCCAUGAAAGGCUUCACCAGCAAAUCUGCCGAUGCAGAUGGAAAAACUGGUCGCGUGAUAGGGCUUUUCAAUGUUGCGACCGGUUUCGUCCGCGAAGGCGCCUCCUUUCUAGACGCUCUCGGCGGCAAGCCCCUACCAACUUGCGAAGCUGAUUACAAGAAUAAUCUGAUGGUUAUCAAAGUCGACCCGAUCGACAUGAUGUACCACGAUCUUCCGACAGAAGAGGCCGAGUACUGGGUUGGAAAGCUCAGCAAACACGCCUUGACCGGUUCGACGGACGGGUACGAGGUGGUGUAUGAAGGAUGGAGGGAUGUGCCUGUCUGGCAGGUCAUGACCAAGGAUGAUAGGGCUUACCCUUACGAAGCGCAGAAGAUGCUUGUCCGAGGCGCGGAAAAGCUUGGUACGGAUAUCACGAAGAGGAUUAUUGAUAGUGCGCAUUUGCCUAUGUUGAGUAAACCGGAUGAGAUUGUCGAGAUUCUGGAGGAGGCUAUCCAGGCCUUCACUUCAUAAGAUAGACAAGGCAGGUCUGUUGAUCAUCUGCCUACUUUUUCUUUCAUUUCGAUAGCUUGUGGAGUUUUUUUUGUCCGGAGUGACUUUGGGUGGGACCAAGACAUGUUUCUGAGACUUUAGUAUUGGUAGUGAUGAUGUCUCGACGGGCGGUCUAGAACAUUAGCGGUACGCAAUGAACUUAUAUCACUAAUGAGGUCCUUUUGGAUGUCUUUAAACUGGAC